UGCAAGAUAACACUUCCUGUUAUCUUGCUGAUAAUAGGAAGUGGACUAUAAAAAUAAAAGCUGUGUUUUUUGAACCUCUUUAAAAAGUCCUGUUUCGUUUCUUCUCUUGAACAGUUCAGUUUAAAACAGUUCAGUUUAAAUUACUGAUGUUCCGAGACAAUGACUUCAUCGGCAUCAAAGGAUUCAGAAUCAACUCCAGCUUUUAUUUUGAUAAUCCACUUCCGCUCAUCAGCAAGUUCCAUAAACAUUUCUUUUGGAGCCUGAGCUUGCUAACUGAACAUUCAGACUAAAUAUUUAGUUGGUAAACUAGUAACGAACAGUGAUGUUCAAUUAGCUUCCAGCUAACAAAACCUUCCUGCAUUUGAUGUUCAUAACACUAAAUUAUUAUGAAGAUGAAUAAUAAUUUGUAAUUCUGGGCCCCAGAUGCUCUGAAGGGGCCCAGAUCAGAUUCUGGGGCCGGCCCUGUUCAGCGGGUGUUAAAUGCUCUAACAGCUUUCCAUACAGCAGAUACUGGUUUCUCCAUGGAGACCAUCUUCUCUUUCAGAUGUUUUCUCCAUCAGAUCUUUAAUCAUUGAUUAAUAAACUGGUUUCAUGUUCCGUCCUCUGCAGCUGAGGCCCAUAAAGCGUCUUUCUAGCAAUAAUUGAUGUUUGUUAUUUUCGGGGCUUGUUUUGCUCAGACUGGAGCUGCAGGUUCUUCCCUCCCCCUUCCAGAGGACAAAGACUAAAAUGGGUCAGACUGAGGAGAGCAGCAGCGGAACCUGCGCACCAGCAUCCGGAGGCAGAGAGCAGCUGCUGGCCGCCUUGCAGGCGCUCUGAGCGGGACGUGCUGCCGGUUCCCUCCUUCCUGCUCCGCUUUUCUUUCGUUCCCAACAUGUCGUCCUGGGAUGGCUGAGGCCGCUAACUGAGACUGAACUGGUUCUGGUGAACUGGACCCGCUGAAUUCCUCCAGCCUGCAGUGAAGCACCGACCCGCCGCCACACACUGACCGCCGGAGGACGAUGGAGGCCGGGCUGAGCUGAACGGAGCCCCGCUGACCGCUCAGAACCUCCACUGGAUCCGUUUUGAGGCCUUUGUGAUCCCAGCCGAAACUCCGCAGCCAUGACUCCCCAGGCCGACCUCCGACCUUUGCCCUGGCUGCUCAUCGUGAUGCUGCUGAUGUCAUUUCCUGCUGCAGCUCUGGAACCGGAGAUGUGUUUCUACCGGCAGCAUCAGGGCGCCGCCGUCAACGUCCGGGCGGCGCUGAGCCGGGACGCGGCGGCCAUGAUGGCCCAGUCGAAGCUGUCAGAGCAGGACUGCGUCAAGGCCUGCUGCUCCACAGAGGUCGGAACAGGCGCUCGGUGCAACACGGCCAUGUUCAAAGCCAACAAACACCCUGGCGAAGGCAACUGCCUGCUGUUCCACUGUCCCACCGAGUCAGACUGUCCUCUGAUGAAAACCACCGAGGGCAGCAACACCUCCGACAUCUACAAAGGUUUAAGUCAUCCACCCACACUGAGACCUCUUCCCAUGACAACCACACUCCAUCCUACCAGCACCUCCACCUCUAUCACAUCAGCACCAACUACACCAGCCACCAGCACAAUCGGCACACCGACCACUGCCCAGGCACUGCACUCCACCCCAGAGCCUUCCCCACCCAUCAUCAUCAUUGCCACAGAGCCUGCAGGGACUCCACCCACCAACACCACCACAACCACCACCAUGGGAUCCUCUCCCACCAGAAAACCCAACAAAACCAGCAAGAAGCAAAACAAAACCACCAAGAAAGGAAAAUCUCAUCCAAUCCUCACCACCACCACCCAAACAGCUCCCAGCUCCAUGACAUCACUUCCUGGUGAAACAGGAAGGAAGGAGGUGGAAGAUAAACAUUCUAGUGUUCUAGAAACUACAACUUCAGCUACAACCACCACUGUGGCUCCAACCACCAGUACAACCAGUACAACCCCAACGACUACAGCCACCUUCUCCACCGCCCAGCGUACCUCCACCUCCGCCCAGCGUACCUCCACCUCCGCCCAGCGUACCUCCACCUCCGCCCAGCGUACCUCCACCACCGCCCAGCGUACCUCCACCUCCGCCCAGCGUACCUCCACCUCCGCCCAGCGUACCUCCACCACUGCCCAGCGUACCUCCACCACCGAGCCAACCGCCACAGUGACAGCUCAAUCGCCAAGUCUGAUCUUCAUUCCCAAAGACCCGGUCCAGACAGAGCCGGACCUCCAACCGGGCCACCCCACCCUGAACUCCAGCUCCAGCCGGGGGAAAGUGGUGGCGGCCCAGGGGGCGCUGAAGGGCGGUGUGUUGGCCUUCAUGGUGCUGGCGCUGGCCGUGCUGACGCUGGCGCUGGCGGUGGGCGGCCGGAAGGCCAUGGAGUCCUUCGACCGGCGCCAUUACACCAGACUGGAGCUCAACGACUUGCACUAUGAGAUUUAACGGGAAAAUCCAACAUUUCUGCAUAAGGUUGUUUAAGUAUUACCUGCACAACUCUGAACGUCAGAGAAUCCUGCUCUCUGAUUGGUCGGACUCUCCAUUACCCACAGAUAGUCCCCGCCCCUAGGCGUGGACAGAGAAACUGUUCAGUCAUUUUUAAGGAUUUUACAAAUGAAAUUUACAGAUGAGUUAAAUCAGAUGUGGUUUAAUUAGGUUUUUAAACCUGUGUAGUUCUAAUAACCACCACUAGAUGUCAUCCUUUUUUCUGUUAAUUCAGUGACUGUCCCUUCGGCAGUGACGUGCGGUGAGGUUUAUCAUAAUCAUAUCUACAGAUGCAGACCCUGCAUGUUAUUGUUUACAUAUGGAGGGUAACAAUAACAACUCUGAAUGUUCUGUUACCUCAAUCAGACUUGGACAUGUACAUCAUAUUCAUUUCAUAUUCAAACCGUUAAAGUCCAACUCAAAACCAUUUCUUUCUCACUCUGUCCGAGCGCAGCUACGUGCAGACUCGUUGCCAUAGCAUCUGACAACAAAACAAAAAAUGUAUAUUUUUUUGUUUCCCACACAAAGAUCAGAACAUUCAGUCUGUUGCAGUAGUUUGGUUUUAGGCUUAAUGUUUAUUUUGUGAUUAUUAAUAAGUGAUUGAUGGAGUAAGAGGAGAAAACUAUAAAUAUAUCGCUGCACUUUACAACAACCACGGCUAGCUCCAGGGCUAGCUCCAGGGCUAGCUCCAGGGCUAGCUCCAGGGUUAGCUCCACGGUUAGCUUCAGGGCUAGCUCCAGGGUUAGCUCCAGGGCUAGCUCCAGGGUUAGCUCCAGGGCUAAGCUCCAGGGCUAGCUCCAGGGCUAAGCUCCAGGGCUAGCUCCCCGGCUAGCUCCAGGGCUAGCUCCACGGUUAGCUCCCCGGCUAGCUCCAGGGCUUGCUCCCCGGCUACCUCCAGGACUAGCUCCCCGGCUAGCUCCAGGACUAGCUCCCCGGCUAGCUCCAGGGCUAGCUCCACGGUUAGCUCCAGGGCUAGCUCCCCGGCUACCUCCAGGGCUAGCUCCCCGGCUAGCUCCAGGGCUAGCUCCAGGGUUAGCUCCAGGGCUAGCUCCAUGGUUAGCUCCCCGGCUAGCUCCAGGGUUAGCUCCAAGGCUAGCUCCACGGUUAGCUCCAGGGCUAGCUCCACGGUUAGCUCCAGGGCUAGCUCCACGGUUAGCUCCACGGUUAGCUCCACGGUUAGCUCCAGGGCUAGCUCCACGGUUAGCUCCAUGGUUAGCUCCAGGGCUAGCUCCAGGGUUAGCUCCAGGGCUAGCUCCAUGGUUAGCUCCCCGGCUAGCUCCAGGGUUUGCUCCAAGGCUAGCUCCACGGUUAGCUCCAGGGCUAGCUCCACGGUUAGCUCCAGGGCUAGCUCCAGGGCUAAGCUCCACGGUUAGCUCCAGGGCUAGCUCCACGGUUAGCUCCAGGGCUAGCUCCAUGGUUAGCUCCCCGGCUAGCUCCAGGGCUAGCUCCACGGUUAGCUCCAGGGCUAGCUCCACGGUUAGCUCCAUGGUUAGCUCCAGGGCUAGCUCCACGGUUAGCUCCACGGUUAGCUCCAGGGCUAGCUCCACGGUUAGCUCCAUGGUUAGCUCCAGGGCUAGCUCCAGUCUGUUCUCUGGUUUCUGAUCGCUGCUCAGCAUAAACACGUUACACACACAGUUGGAGGCAAGAAACACUGAACAUUAUAUAGAUGAGCUUAAUGAUGGAAUAUCAGUUGAUAUAUGAAAUGUUUUUUAACCAUUUUAUUGGCGCCGUUCAGACAGGAGGAGCUGCUGCCACAGACUGGCAGCCAGUGAGACGUUGAUUAGUCCAGCUGAGGCGCGGCUUCCUGCUGCCUCACCUUCUGAGCAUUUGAAUGGGAAAAUGGGAAAAUUCAGCGAUUUUGAAGAAAAAAAUCAUCAGAAUUGGUUAAGCUGCAUGACAAAUAAAUACUUUACAGUACAAACCACAGGGUGAAAAUAGCAAUAUAAAUUGUUUUAUCAUUAUUUAUUAUUUUUCCAUGAUGACAGAUGAGCCUCUCCUUCACUAGUCCGCACGUGUCACUGCACUUAGGGUUAUUAGUGUUAAAUUGGACAAAUUUAAAUUUCUGAAUAAUGUACCCUAAAUUAUGAAUACAUUUACAAUUUAUAGGAAAAUAUUUGUUCAUUUCUGAUAAGGAACCAAAACUGUGAAAAGUUUUCCAAAAUCAGAGCUUUGAAGGCCUCUCUACGUUCAUUUCAGUGAUUUAAAGAAAUCCUAAGCUAACCAAGAUGAAAUAAUUUACUGCUGAUAAACAUACUGCUAAAACCAGUUCCGCCUCCAGAGGGAACGCUCCGAUGUGAACACAGAAACGGUCUGAUUUAUGAAGGUUCCUCCUGGCCCACCUGGUUCCUCCUGGCCCACCUGGUUCCUCCUGGUCCUCCUGGUUCCUCCAGGUUCCUCCUGGUUUCUCCUGGUUUCUCCUGGUUCCCCAAAAACCUGACAGCAAUACUGCCCUCCCCCCAGCGACUCUCAGGAAGCCUCUGAAGCGGAGACUCCAGAUGCAGAUCAGAACUCGCUGUGCACGCUCCUGCAUGUCCUCUGGGCCUAUGGUGACCUUUGAACCCACAGGUUCACUGUAGAUGUCAUAUCCACUGUGUGUUUUUGUAUUUCCACCAGGAUUCCCGCCGUGGAUCCAAUCCUUUAUAAACUGAUGCACUACUGUGUUGUGUGUUUUUGAUAAUCAGCUGCUGUACAUAUUCCUGGUUGGUUUUCAUAGCUCAGAGGAAAAUGGCCGCCACUAUUUUCUUAUAAUAAACACAUUUUACUGGGUGUAUGUUUUAGACAGGCUGCUGCUGCGGCACCUCUCCAGCAGGAGGCAGCAGCGGGCUGGUCACGUUUCAGUUUUACUCUAAUUAUCGACAUGGAUGGUGACGUUUGGUGCCGUUUUGUCAAGUGAUGCUUUCAUAUAACUGAAUUUAAUGUUUUGUUGUAAAGAUUAAAACAAUGUGAUUUUUGAA